AUGUCUGAAUAUACGUUCAAACUUAAUACCGGACAGGAUAUUCCUGGCCUCGGCUUUGGGACGUUUGACCCCAAACACCCAGAAAAAGCGUACGAUGCCACCCUCCAUGCGCUCCGUGUUGGGUACAGACAUCUCGACUGUGCUGCUCUAUACAUAAACGAGGAACUAGUCGGCAAUGCCAUUCAUGACUUCCUUCAAUCCCGUCCGGAUGUCCAUCGCAAAGACCUUUUCAUCACCACCAAGGCAUGGAACCAUAUGCAUGAGCCUGAAGAUGUAGAGAAGAGCAUAAAGGAGUGCCUCAGGAAGCUAAGGCUUGAUUAUGUUGACCUUUUCCUUCUGCACUACCCGAUUGCUACGGAGAAGGAUGAAAAUGGAGAGCAGGCGAUGGGUGCCGACGGCAAGUAUAUCGUCAAGAGAGACUUGACGGAACGACCAGAGCCAACUUGGCGUGCGAUGGAAAAAGUUGCAAAGGCCGGUCUUACUCGAGCUAUCGGGGUUUCUAAUUGGUCUCUAUCUCGACUCCGAUCACUGCUGCGACUGGCAUUAAUACCACCAGCAGUCAACCAAAUUGAGAUCCACCCGUUUUUCCCGAAUAGCAAGCUUGUUCAAUACUGCUUCGAUCAUGGUGUUCUUCCCGUGGCAUAUUCACCUCUUGGAUCCCAAGUUCUUACAUGCGGGGAAGGAGAAAAGGCCCGUGGAAGCCAGGUGCUUCGGGACAUGGCAAGGAAGAAAGAAUGUGAUAUUGGACAGCUCUUAAUCGCCUGGGGUUUACGACGAGGCUAUCCGGUACUCCCCAAAUCUUUUACUCCGUCACGAAUUACGAGCAAUUUUCAGCCCAUCAAACUUACGUCGGAGGAAUUUGAGGCUGUUGGCAACGCUGCGGGUAAAAACUACCCUCGAUUUGUUGACCUUAGCGUUGAGUAUUCAUACGAUAACUUCUGGGCCGAUGAAGAGGAUAAAUAG